ACAUUCUUUGGACACCUUGUCUAGCACACACCGUCAAUUUGAUGUUGAAGGAUAUAGCUCGAAGGCCCGAACAUUCUGGUACGAUCAAGCAAUGCAAGCGAAUUUCUAAUUGGUUACACAAUCAUGGUCAGUUGAAUACAAUGAUGAGGAACGCAAUCGGUGGUGAGUUGGUCAAGUGGAAUGCCACUCGAUUUGGAACCAAUUACAUGUUCUUAGAGAGCAUCUAUCGGAAACGUGAUCGUUUCAUGCAGUGGAUGGCAUCUACUGAGUUUUUACAAAGCAAAUGGGCAGAUACCGAAGAUGGUCGAUUUACUCAUUCCAGGUUUUCAAAUUUGGAGUGGUGGGACGGAUUGAAAUAUGUCAUCGACACAGUUCAAGCAAUAUACAAGUUCCUUCGCUUCGCUGAUCAGGACAAGCGGCCCAACAUGUGCGAAGUCGUGAUGUCGUACCAGAAUACGAGACAGGAGCUGCAAUCUUUCUUUGGAAAUAAUGUUUCCACUCGGGACGAGUAUCUUAAGGUUAUGGACGAUAGGAUGCGUGACCUUUUCAUAGGCACGUAUGUGGGUCCAGCUGCUGUCCUAAAUCCGAGGUAUUCAUACACGAUGGAACCAACUCAAGAAAUGUUCCGUGGACUCAAGGAUACUUUUGAGCGCAUGACGGAUGUCCAGAGCGCCGUGCAGGCAUUGCAGGAGCUUGAGGUGUUUCGGCAGAAGGUUGGCGAGUUUGGCAGUGAAAUGGCAAUGAGAAUGGCGAUGGAUCCAAAGACAUCCCCAUCGUCCUGGUGGAUGAUGUUCGGAUCAAGCACUCCAAAGCUGCAGUAUCUUGCCAUGCGGCUUGUUUCAUAAUAUUGUUCGUCCAGUGGAUGCGAGCGCAACUGGAGUACUUUUGCCUUGCUGCAUACAAAAGUUCGCAAUCGAUUGUCGCACAAGAAACUUAACAAGCUGGUCUAUGUCAACUACAACCUUCGUCUG